AUGGCCAAUAAUAUACACAUCUGUUCGCACCUCCUCCUUCUUUUCCUCUUCUUUAACUUUACUACAGGUUGCAUUCCGACCGAGAGGGAGGCGCUUCUUACGUUCAAAAACGCUCUUAUAGAUCCAUCAGCUCGCCUUUCGUCUUGGACUGGCCCCGACUGCUGCAAAUGGAACGGCGUCGUAUGCAGCGCGGACACAGGUAAUGUCAUCCAGCUCCAUCUCAGAAACCCUUAUAACCUUACUCAUCCUGAAUAUCUCAUGUCUGGAACUGAAGCCGAUGCUUUUAAUCGCUCUUGCUUGUCGGGUCAACUUCAUCCGUCUCUGCUUCAGUUAAAACAUCUGCAAUAUUUAGACUUGAGUGUUAACAAUUUUCAACACGUGCCCAUUCCGAGUUUCAUUUCUAACCUUACUGAACUCAGAUACCUGAACCUUUCUCACGCUUCCUUCGCCGGAAACGUUCCUCCAGAGAUCGGAAACCUACAAAAUCUGGAAAGUUUGGAUCUCUUCACAUACUCGUACCUUAUACCAUUUCCUGAAAAACUUUGGGUGUCUGAAGCCACCUGGAUUUCUGGUUUAUCUCAGCUUAAGUACCUAAACUUAGGAAAUGUUAAUCUUAGCUUAAUAUCAAACACUUGGGCUCAAUCUUUAAGUAAACUUAAUUCUCUAGUAGAAUUACGUUUGUCUGCAUGUGAUCUUGUUUUUUUCCCUCAAUCUGUUUCAUCUCUGAGUUUCAAUUCUUUGCAGCUUCUUCAUCUUCAUAAUAAUUUUUUCAAUUCCUCAAUACCUCAAUGGCUGUUUAAUAUUACUACUCUUGUUGAGCUUAACCUGAUGAAUUCAGAAUUAACCGGUCCGAUAUCGAGUUAUGGUUGGGGACAUCUCUGUAAUUUGAAAGCUUUAGACUUGACUUACAAUGGCUUUAGUGGUGAAGUAGGUCAGCUUUUAGAUAGUUUUUCUGAGUGUAAUAACUUUAGCUUAGAGGUUCUGCACUUGGGUUAUAACCAGUUCACUGGUCUGAUUCCUGAGUCAUUAGGAAAAUUCCAAAGCUUGAGAUCGCUUAGAAUCUUCGGCAACUCGAUAUCAGGUACGAUCCCGGAAUCUGUUGAAGGGCUGUCUUUGCUGCAGGAUUUAGACCUUUCUGCUAAUAAAUUGAGCGGAACCAUCCCGGAAAUCAUCGGCCGGCUUAAGUCGUUAACUUAUCUCGAUCUCUUUGGGAAUUAUUGGGUGGGGAACAUCACAGAGUCUCAUUUUAUGUCACUAAAAAAUCUGAAAGUUUUUUCUUUAUCCUCUGUCAACAAAUCCUUGGCAUUUGAUGUUAGACAAGACUGGAUUCCUCCGUUUAGUCUGCAAGUGAUCUUAGUCCGAGAUUGUCAGCUUGGUCCUAAGUUCCCGGAAUGGCUCGAGACUCAGAAGGAACUGGCUAGAAUAUCCCUCAUUGAUGAUGCAAUUUCAGACACAAUACCUGCUUGGCUCUGGAAGUUGAGUCCACAAAUUAGGUGGUUGGAGCUUCAAAAUAACGAGAUACGCGGAACAGUUCCAGAGUCGUUGCGCUUUACGCCAGGGAUGAUUAGACUGGAUGUAAGUUCUAAUCAUUUAGAGGGCGUCGUGCCAAUGUGUUCUGAUGUUCAAUCUGUGUCUCUGAGUAGUAACUUGUUUUCUGGAUCAAUUCCGUCAACGAUCGGCCAAAAUAUGUCAUCAUCGGUGGUGUUGGAACUUGCUGGGAACUCUUUAAGUGGUGAAAUACCAUCUUCCAUGAGUGAGAUGAAGAAAUUAAACAUCCUUGAUCUUUCAAACAAUCAGCUGUCCGGGGUUAUUCCUGAGAAUUGGCAAGGUAUGGAAGACACGGAUACUAUAGAUUUUUCGCAGAACAAUCUAUCUGGCGGCAUCCCGGGAUCUAUGUGCUCACUACCUAAGCUUCAGGUGUUGAAACUAUCUAGGAACAAUCUUUCAGGACUGCUGUCUGAAUCCCUGAAAAAUUGCACGCAUGUAUCGUCUCUUGAUCUUGGACACAACCAGUUCGUUGGAAGCAUACCGAGUUGGAUUGGCGAAAGGCUAGCGUCCAUGGAAAUACUAAUUCUGAGAGCUAACAAUCUGAAUGGAAUUGUUCCUGAAAGUCUUUGCGGUAUUCCGGAUCUCCACAUCUUGGACUUUGCUCAUAACAAUUUAUCAGGGUCACUCCCGACAUGUUUGGGCAAUCUCAGUGGUCUGAAAUCCUUCAGACCAUACAGUGUCGUAACUAAUCGUGUCACCUAUAUACAGGAAGUGCAGUUAAAUGUGAAGGGGAGACAAGUUGACUACACCAAGAUAGUUGCUGUGGUGAAUGUGAUAGAUAUGUCUGUGAAUAAUCUACAAGGACUGAUCCCAGAUGAGAUAUCAAAGCUGUCGUAUUUGGGUACGCUUAAUGUAUCAUGGAACCGACUGACAGGAGAAAUACCAGAAAAUAUCGGAAACCUGAAACUUCUAGAAACUCUCGACCUCUCUUGCAACCAACUUUCAGGUCCAAUUCCCAUGAGCAUGCCUUCCAUGACGGGCUUGAACUACUUAAAUCUAUCGCACAAUAGCCUGUCAGGAGCGAUUCCAUUAGCCAACCAGUUCCAAACCUUUGUUAAUCCCUCAAUUUACGAGGGUAACCCUGGACUUUGCGGGUUUCCAUUGCCGAACAGCUGCUUCUCACAGAAGGAUAAGCAUGUGGAUGAAGAGAGUGAGGACGAAGAUGGCUUUGAAAUGGUAUGGUUCUUCACGGGGUUGGCACCAGGAUAUGUGGUAGGUUUUUGGGUGGUUGUUGGAACUCUGAUACUGAAGAAGGCAUGGAGGAAUGCUUAUUUUCAGUUUGUAGACAACAUGAAAGAUUCAGUCUACUCGGUUCUCACCAAAUAAAGAAAAUCCUAAUAUCUGUAACAGUCGCCUUUUCUUAAUGGAACACACCAUAUGUUUAAUAGUAGUAGAACAUACCAUAUGUUUAGUCGCCUUU